AUGUCGUUGAAUACAAUAACCCAAGAUGAGCCUUUUGAGAUGGUUCUAGAAGAUCGGCAACCAGAUGCAGAGUGGAAAAAAAUCCAGCAGAAUACUUUCACACGAUGGGUUAAUCAGAAGUUGGAACCAAUAAAUGUUGAAGUCACUGAUUUGGAAACUGACUUUGAAGAAGGUUUAAAAUUAAUUCGUUUGGUGGAAGUAUUAUCAGGAAGAUCUCUUGGUCGAUACAGUAAAAAGGUCACUUUUCGCCAUCAGAAGUUAGAAAAUAUAUCGCUUGCGCUAAAAUUCCUGGAAAAUGAGGAACAUAUUAAAAUUGUUAAUAUCGAUAGUUCAGCAAUAGCAGAUCGCAAUUUGAAGCUCAUUUUGGGUCUAGUUUGGACACUUAUUUUACAUUAUUCUAUCUCAAAACAGGUCUGGGAUGACCAUACAGGCAGUACAACAAAAGGUGAAGAUGUAUCACCAAAAACAAAACUUAUGACUUGGCUUAAGGGAAAAUUACCAACUGGACUCCCUUUUACCAACUUCACAUCCGAUUGGAAUGAUGGAAUUCUUCUUGGUGCUUUGGUUGAUUCUUGUGCACCUGAUUUGGGAGUAGAUUGGCGCAAUUGGUUACCAUCGCAGGCUUUACAUUCAACUCGUACAGCAAUGAACCUUGCAAAGGAUUACCUUAACAUCGCUCCUCUAAUUGCACCAGAAGAAUUAAUCAGUCCAGCUGUUGACGAGCGAAGUGUGAUGACAUAUCUUUCACAAUUUCCCGGAGCAAAAUAUACGCCACGAAUGGGUCGAUUUCAUAAUAUUGAUGUGAUGCCAAUUGUUGGAGUCAAUACGAAAUUUACUUUUUUAACCAGUAACGCAUUUAUGCUUCCAGAAGUAAACAUUAAAGGGCCAGCGGAAUCAUUGGUACCCUACAACAUGAGCCGACUUUCAGAAACCGUGUAUAAUUUCAUUUAUCAACCGGAAAUUGCCGGUGAAUAUCAGAUUAUGGCAGUAGUUCGUGACGAGGUAUCGGGUAACUUCGCUCAGUUGGCAAGUCCUAAAAUAACAGCAGUUGAAGGAGCACAUUUGUUAUAUGACAGAAACGUACAACAUGGCAUGCCAGUUAAAUUCAGGGUAGAAAAUGCAGGGAACGAUCCGAUUGAGGUUUUGGUAGCCCCACCAUACGAUAAGGGAUUUAUGGUACCGGUGAUACCUGAUGGUAAUACUUUCAAAGGUGAAUUCAUACCAAAACGAGAAGGUGUGUAUGAAUUGGACGUUUUCCAAAAAGGAGACCGCAUUGCUGGUAGUCCCUUCUCACUCACAGUAAUUCCACAAGCACAAAUUAACAUUUGGGGUAGAGGUCUCGAACCACAUGGUAUUCAGAGUGGCGAAGAAGUAAUCGUCUAUGCAGAUUACAGCGGUAGCUUAUUGGGACCUCCACAUAUGCGAGUUCAUCAACUGUCUGGAAAAGAAAUAUCGGUGAGUGAAACUAUAGAUGAAAAUUUGCACCUAAAAAUUUUUAAAUAUCGGCCACAGGAUGUUGGUAUUUACGAAGUUGAUAUACUUCUGGAUGGGAAGCACAUCGAUGAAAGCCCGUAUAAGAUAAUGAUAUCACCGGUAAGUGAUUCAAAAGUACGAGCAUUUGGACCAGGGCUAGAAAGUGGUGUUGCAAAUUUGCCAAGCAUCUUCCUUAUCGAAACAAACGGUGGUCGUUUUGAACAGAUUGAUAUUGCUGUUAGUGGGAGAACAUUGACAGCAGAAAAUGUUUCCAAGAAACCGGAUAUAGAAUUGGUAGAUAAUAAGAAUGGAUCUGCUGUUGCUCGAUUCACUCCUGCUGUACCCGGCAUUUAUACAGUGAAGGUAUGUUACGCUGGUGAGCAUGUCAAAGGUUCACCAUUUAUCGUACAAGUGCAGCCAGCUAAUAAUAAUCUUAAAAUUGCUGACAUGCGGUUAUCUGGUAUCAAAUCAGACGUCACUGCUCUACAGGGCGAAGAUUUAAUAUUCUGGAUCGAAAUGCCUGACACAAGAGUGCGUCUUAAACCAUUAGUAAGAGCACUGGACGAAAAAUAUGAAGAAGUGCCAAUACAGGUAGUGGAAACUAAAUCUGGACAGUAUGAAUGUCGUUUUGUUCCACUAGCACUUGGUCGAUACUAUUUUCUUCUAUCGGUUGGCGGUGUUGCAAUACCAGGAUCACCAUUUGUGGUAGUAGUUCGAGAAAUAAUUGAUCCAAGCAAAAUUCGAAUUUAUGGUAUUGGUAUUGGACCGAAUAUUCAUGCAAAUCGAUUAGUAAGCUUUGUCAUUGAUCCACAAAAAGUUGGUACUGUCGAAAGAUUUGACUCGAAAUUGCAUCAUGAAAAUGGAACACCGGUGAACGUGGCUUUGAUCGAUAAUGGAGAUGAAACACUUAUAGCGAGUUAUACCCCCCAUGAAGCUGGUCUGCAUAAGUUGGCAUUAUAUUAUGACGAUAUGGAAUUAUUGAAAAUGAACAUCAAUGUUAAACCAAUUGAUAUUUCAUCGAUUGUGAUAGAUGGUCUAAAUAAUGAGACCGUUGUAAUUGGACAUCGAGAAGAUAUUGUUAUUGAUAUUGGGGAUUUAAUGUCUAUGAAAAAUGGUGUCGAAGUUAUUGUAGAAGAAGCUAAUGGAUCGAAAUAUAUGGUUCCUCUUGAGAAUGGUUAUGAUUCAACUAUUUUCAAAGGCUCCUGGAUAGCCAAAAAUGUUGGCAAAACAAAAUUUUCUGUUUUCUUUGAUGAAUAUUUGGUUUACGAAUCGCAAAUUAUCGUUCGACGAAAACAAGAUGCUACUAAGUGCCGAGUUACUGGUGAUGGACUUAGGCGUGGAAUAGUUGGUAUACCGGCAAAUUUUCAGGUGGAUAUGAAGGAUGCUGGAGGAGACAGGAUGAAAAUGGCUAUCAAGGGACCAUCAGAAUCAAAAACAAACAUCAUUGAUCAUUCCGAUGGCUUAUGCACUGUAGAAUAUACUGCACAAACACCUGGUCUAUACGAAAUAAGCAUUUUUUUUGGUGAUAAUGAAGAAGAAAUUCCCGGUUCACCCUUUAUGGUAUUAGUUGAUUAUGAAUAUGAUCCGUCGAAAAUCUUGAUAACCGGAUAUAAUAAUGGACAUGUACGAGCUGGUGUACCUACGUCAUUCUUGAUUGAUGCUACACGUACCGCUAUAGAACCUAUCAGUGUACGAUUUCCUAUUGGCUUUCAGCAACCAUUUAUUGAAGAAAUUGAAUCUCGAAUAUAUCGAGUAACAUUUACGCCGAAUGCCAGAGCAGGUGAAAUAUUGCCCUUGGAAGUCCUAUACGGUGGUCAACUUCUCUAUGGAAGGCCAUGGGAAUUUACUGUUGAGCAAGACGAACGAGAAUUCAUAGCGCUAAAGAAUGAUUCCGGCAUUCUACCACAUGAAGUACGUGCUUCUCUUCGAUGUGAAUUGUUAGUUGAAGGAAAGAAAGCUGAAAAAAUUAGCAACAUAAAGGCCGAAAUAAAAGGUCCCGAUAAUAAGCCUCGAAAAUCAUCGCUCACUGAGACACCAAAUAAAGGAAUAUAUCUGUUGGGAUUCGUCCCGGAUAUGGCUGGAACAUACCUUAUUACUAUAUAUGGUGAUGGGAAGCCGCUCCAUUCAAAGCCAUAUGAGAUCACUGCUGUUCCAAUUGGUUCCGCAAACAAGUGCUAUUUAGAAUUAAAACCGCUCGAUAAAUUUUGGAUUAUUGAAGAACCGAAAACAUUCAAAGUAAAUGCAAACUGUGCAGGCGAAGGUGCACUAAAUAUUGUCUCCGAUAGAGAUGAUUUAAAAGUAAACGUUGUGAAACAAAAUGAUGGCUGUUAUUUAGUAACAUUUACUCCACAUCAUGGAGGACCGCAUCAAAUUACACUGUUGUACGGUGGUGUUGAAAUACCUAAUGGAACGUUCAGUUUUGAAUGUGGACCAGCUGUUGCUAGCGAACCUGAAGUAGCAUUAUUAAAACGCGAAGCAGAUCCGGAGCAGUGUUUUUACAACGUAGAGAAACAUUUGAUACCACAUACUUUUCGUUUUUCAGUAACUCCAGAUAGUCAUUCUGACAAACUAAGUGCAUCAGUAAGAAUGCCGUCCGGUAAAAAAGAUGUUGCGCAUAUCAAGGAUAACGCUGACGGAACUAUAACGGUGACAUAUCACCCAAAACAGUGCGGCAAUCAUCUUCUAUCAGUGCAGCAUGAUGGAGUUAAUAUGUCUGGAAGUCCAAUCUCUUUCUACGUUAGCAGUGCAAAUGAUGGAUAUGUGACUGUAUAUGGUCCUGGCUUAACACGUGCAGUGGUUGGUGAACCAGCACCAUUUACAGUUUGCGCCAAGGGUUCACCAGCUAAAGAAUUGGCAGUUGCUGUUGAAGGAGCUGCAAAAGCAACAAUUAAAUGUCAUGAUAAUAAAGAUGGUACAUGUUCUGUAGCAUGGGUACCACCUGUACCUGGUGAAUAUAAGGUACAUGUCAAACUUUCUGGAAAUCCGGUGAAAGGUUCACCGUUCGUUGUCAUUGUGGCUGGUGAGGGCCAGAAACGUGCCCAUUUAUCAGUUGGAUCAACAUCGGAGGUUUCACUAAAUGUUGCAACUACGGAAGUCAAAGGACUGUCAGCUUCAAUAAAAAGUCCUAGUGGUAUUGAAGAACCGUGUUUUAUUCGUCAAAUUGAUUCUGCUAACAUUGGUGUUUCAUUUACUCCUCGUGAAGAGGGUGAACAUCUGGUUACUGUUAAAAAAAAUGGUCAAAUCAUACCAAAAUCACCUUUCCGAGUUAAAGUCGAUAAAAAUCAAGUCGGGAAUGCGUCGAAAGUUACUGUUAGCGGUAAUGGAAAAGCGAACGCUAUUUCUCAGCAGUACAACGAUGUGAUUGUAGAUACGCGUAAUGCAGGUUAUGGUGGUCUGUCUGUAUCUGUUGAAGGGCCAUCAAAAGCUGAACUAAAAUGUACUGAAGCAAAAGAAGGUUUAAUUAAUGUCGCCUACAAACCGACGGAACCAGGGAUUUACAUUUUAUCCAUAAAAUUUGCAGAUACACAUGUAAAAGAUAGUCCAUUUACCGUUAACUGUACUGGUAAGGGAUUGGGAUCUGUGAAGAAAAGAGCCACCAAAAAAGUGAAUCAGGCACCCAUGAUUCUGCCCAAUCAGGAUGCUUCCAUAUAUUUGAAAUUAGAAAAUACAUCUCCAAUGGAAACAACAGCAAAAGUUAUGAAUCCUGAUGGGAAAAGCUCUGAUAUAGAAGUGCGUGACACUGGUGAUAGCCUUUACCAAAUUAUUUUCAAGCCUGAAAUGGAUGGUUCUCAUGCAAUUUCUGUCUUUAAUAAAGGGCAGCAUGUUUUAGGAAGUCCAUUUCAAUUUACUGUUGGACAUAUAACAGAGGUAGGAGCACAUAAAGUGCGUGCAGCAGGAGUUGGAAUACUACGAGGAGAAACAAACAUGAAGCAGUCAUUUAAUGUUUACAGCAGAGAAGCUGGACAAGGAGAACUUGAAGUGACAGUGGAAGGACCGUCGGAAGCCGAACUACAAUUUCAAGACCAUAAGGAUGGAAAUUGCCAUUUUAAUUACAAAGUUAGCAAACCUGGAGAGUACUUGAUAAGUAUUAAAUUUAACAACCAACACAUAACGGAUUCACCAUUUAAAGUGUUCGUGGCUCCCGCAACGGGAGAAGCUCGCCGGCUUGAGUUAGCGUCAUUCCCAGAUUCUGGAUUGCCUGGUAAAGCAUGCACCUUCACGGUACUUACGCAUCGUGCAGCAGGUCAUCUUGAAGCGAAAGUUCAUACACCGAGUAAUAAGAUUGAAACAAUUGAUAUUGUUCCUAUUGAUGAAGGCGAAUCGUACGCUUUACGAUUCAUCCCUACAGAGACAGGGAGUUAUUAUAUUGAUGUGACACUUGAUGGCGCACCAAUGCGUGAUUCACCCUUCCGUUUACGUGUCGGUGCGAAUGAGGACAGUGAUCCAACUGCAGUAACAGUAAGUGGUGAUGGUAUACAUGGUGGAGAAACUGGCCAUAAGUGCGAAUUCAUCAUUAAUACUUGUAAUGCUGGGAGCGGAGUUCUGCUGGUUCAGAUUGAUGGUCCAUCGAAGGUUACUUUGGACGCGUAUGAGCUGGAAAUGGGUUAUAAAGUACGAUACAUGGCUUUGGCACCUGGAGCGUAUUUUGUAGAUAUCAAAUAUGCAGGUGUUCAUAUCCCUUGUUCACCGUUCAAGGUAGUUAUGACUGGUAAAGAACUUGGUGGUGGUGGUGAGCCGGACACUUCGCUUAUUAAGAUUGAUGCACUGGCAAAGACAAGCAAAGGGACUGUUGCACAGGUUCCAGUAUUGAAAGGUGAUGCAAGCAAAGUUACUGUUAAAGGGGGUGGUUUGAACAAAUUUUUCCCAGGUCGACCAGCUGUUUUCAACAUUGAUACUGCUCUUGCGGGUGAAAAUCUUCUGUUCGUUGGUAUUCUUACAUCAAAAGGACCAUGUGAAGAGGUUACAGUCCGACAUCUAGGCGGUGGUCGAUAUGUGGUUACUUAUCGUAUUCAGGAAAGGGUCAAAGGAUUCAUUUUUGUCAAAUAUGGCGAAACUAAUGUGCCAGGCUCGCCAUUUGCGGUUUCAUUCUAA